AUGUCGCUCAAAGAACGGAUAUCCUCCCCUCUAGAGGCUGGGCCGUCCAUUCUCGAUCCGCACCAUCUCCCACCUCUCCUGACCCAGGCCCUGGAGCAUGCCUCGUCCGGGCUGGCCAGAAAGUCCCUGCACUUGACCCUUGUCGCCGUCCGCCGGGACCAUCGACUGCCUUCCGUGAACCGUUCCCUGGGCUCGUCCGGCCGUGGCACGCCCGCCACGCCCGCCACGCCAGCAUCAUCCCCGUCCGGCAGGUUCAGCUUCGCCACGGCGCCGCUUGCUGCGCUGAAGCAGCUCGUCCGAACCCGCUCCCUUGACGCCCUGGAACCGCCGGCCAGACGAGUCGGCGCAGGGACUAGUGCCUCGUCCUUCUCCACAGCAACGUCCGACUCGGCCCCGUCGUCGCGUGCUGCACCAUCCCCGGGCGCGAGCCUUCCUUGGCCGCUUCUUUCGCCAUCAGCUUCCCCGUCUUCCCCGCUUCCAACGACCCCGCGCACGGCGUCGACAUCUUCCAUGACUACAGAUUCCCUCGGUCGGGGGACGCCAGGUGGUGCGGCCUGGACAUUCAUCCAUACGCACGACUUGCCGCUCAAGGGCAGGAGGAUCCAGCGGGCAGUCCUUACAAAGACGGCACAAAAGUACAGCCUGAGUGGCUCAAUGCUCAGUGCAGCCGUCAGCCCAGCAGCGGCUGGUUUGAGCAGUCAACUCAUCACCAACUCCAUUGUCCAGAACGAAGUGCUCUUCUCUUCCGACGGUCUGACGCUGCUGUCUCUCGAUCGCAUAUACAGCAUCAAGAGUGCUCUGGCCGCCUACGCCAAAUCCAAGUCGCCACUGAGGCUGGAGGAUGCCGUUGACGAGCUCCGCCGCUACGUGCUCGCAAACAGCGGCGCCAAAGUCACGAAAUCAGAUCUCCUGCGCUCCUACGACUGGCUCAACGUUGGCACAGGUGCUGUUUCCGACCUGGACCGAAUGUACAGAAGGGCAUAUGGUGGGCCAGACCAGGUCGGUGCAAUAUCUGGUCUCCAGCCCACGUCACGGACCCCGGCAUUAACCCUGCGCUUUUGCCCCGACCCUGAUCCCGUCGUCAGGCGAAGCAGUGACGGUUUGACUUGGGGUUUGGAGCAUCAUGGUGAGCCGAGAACCCCACAGAUGGGUCUUGUCGCGACCACGUCGGAGACGAACAAGCCGCUGCUUAAGAUACAGACUACCUUUGAGGUCAAGCCAAAGCUGCUCAGUGCACGCAGGAAAGGGGGCCGUGAGCAGGGCCAGACCCCCGAAAAAGCCAAUGACGACAUACCCCGCGAGCAGUCAGUCACCACCCCGGAGAGACACGGUGAGGCUGGCCAAGGUGAUGAUGAUGGCGGCCUGACGGCACGACCGCUUGAACAUUGGCCGGCAAUCUCGACAUGCAUGCCUUGGAGAAGCGAUUCGUCGAUAGAGAAGACGCCGCUCAGCGCAGUGACGGACAGUCCAAGACAGGGUUUGCUGGGGCGCGGGCCAGUGACGCCGAAUGGAUAUGAUGACAUAACGCCGGUAACCAGAGGGGAAUGGGGGCUUUUGAUGGUGGAAAAUGCGCUUCGCGGUAGUCGAACCGUGGCAGUCGAGACAUGCUAG